GCAGUUUGUGAUGACGUAUUGAACAGAUUCGGGGAAACACUGACCCUUUAUCCGUCUGUCAAAAUUGUCCACCUAAACCAUCAUAGUGGAGGCCACGAUCGCAGAAACCCUGAUGAUGAACAGGCAGCCUACGUCCGGAGGGAAAGGACGUGGACUCGCCCCGCCAUUAAAUGCCAACAAUAACGACCUGGCCAGCUACUUCGAAUGCCCUGUCUGCUUCGACUAUGCACUCCCUCCCAUCAUGCAAUGUCAGAGUGGUCACAUCGUGUGCCAGACAUGUCGUCAGAAACUGGCUUCUUGUCCAACAUGCCGAGGACCUCUUGGAAACAUCAGGAAUCUAGCCAUGGAGAAGGUUGCAGCUACAGUGAAUUUUCCCUGCAAAUAUUCCAACAAUGGCUGUUUGAUGACGUUGUUACAUACAGAAAAGACAGACCAUGAAGAAACAUGCGAGUUCAGGCCAUAUACCUGUCCGUGUCCUGGAGCAUCGUGCAAGUGGCAGGGUUCCCUGGAGAAUGUGAUGCCUCACCUCAUGCAGUCUCACAAGAGUAUAACCACACUACAGGGUGAAGACAUUGUGUUCCUGGCCACAGACAUCAACCUGCCUGGGGCAGUGGACUGGGUGAUGAUGCAGUCAUGCUUCGGUCAGAACUUUAUGCUAGUGCUGGAAAAACAAGAAAAAUAUGAUGGAUUACAGAUGUUUUAUGCCAUUGUACAGUUAAUAGGAACACGGAAACAAGCGGAGAAUUUUGCAUACAGACUAGAGCUAAACGGUCAUCGGAGACGUCUUACAUGGGAGGCAACUCCGCGAAGCAUUCACGACGGCAUCCAGUCAGCAAUCAUGAGCAGUGACUGCCUGGUGUUUGACACCAACAUCGCACAGCUGUUCGCAGACCAUGGCAACCUUGGAAUUAAUGUUACAAUAUCCGUCUGUGAAAGAUAGAGGGAUCUGCUGGAGUCACUACUGUUUGAUAUCACCCUUGUACAUAGACUUGUAAGAUUAUAUUGUACAUUUGAUCUAGACGUCCACGGACGGAGCAGCUGACACAUCAUCAGUGGGUGCAUAUACCUCAAAAUUACCCUGGCUCUCAUGGGGAGGGGCCGAGAUAUAGACUGCUUGGGGUAACGAUAAAGUGACCCGUUCCACAAGCAGAUCCUGGCCCAAAUACAUAGCAUACAAUGUGGACAAACAUUGGUAAGGACUGAUUAUUUCCAUGGUAUUCAUAACUGAAGAAGACGAUUUUGACGAAAUCUCAUGCAGGAUUUGACAAACACGAUUUGCCACGUGCCAGCAGGACAAGUGUUGCGGAAAAGGACUGCUGCCGAAUUUAUUAGGCAACUCUUGGUGGUUGGUUAGAUCAGUGGUAAAGAUUUUUUUCAUGAUGCCAAAGACCUGUGUUUCAUUCAUCACGUAGGUGCAACAUGUGAAGCACUUUUCUGGUGGUGUUGC